AUGGCAGAGAAGCCCGCCCCUCGGCGACGGAUGAACAAUCCCGCCAUCUUUGUCUGCGACCUCCAAGAGAAGUUCCGCAACGCGAUCUACGAAUUCGACAAAGUCGUCCUCACCACCCAAAAGGUCCUCCGAGCAGCCCAAGCCUUCGACAUCCCAAUCUACACCACCACACAGAACCGCGCGCGCCUCGGCGACACCGUCCCCGAGCUGCAGCCCUUCCUGGACGGCCCGCAGUGCAGGACGCACGCGGACAAGACCCUCUUCAGCAUGUUCGUCCCGGCCGUGACGGAGCAGCUGGGCGCCGCCCCCGCGCAGAUCGUGCUGGUCGGCAUCGAGUCGCACAUCUGCAUCACGCAGACGGCGCUCGACGCCCGGCGCGCGGGCCACGCCGUCUACGUGCUCGCCGACGGGGUCAGCAGCUGCAACAGGGAGGAGGUGCCGCUCGCGCUGGCGCGCCUGCGGGCCGAGGGCGUCGUCGUCACCACCAGCGAGAGCUGGCUGUACGAGUUUGUGGGCGACGCGGGGCUGCCCGAGUUCAAGUCUGUUAUUGGGAUUGUCAAGGACACGUCGGCUGAUACGAAGAAGGUCUUGCAGUCGCUGGCGCCUGUGCAGGGGGCGUCCAAGAUUUAG